AUGGCGGCAACCCUCGGUGUAGAGAGGAAGCUGAUAAACACGGCUUUGGCAGCCGCUGUGCAAACGUGGUGCGAGUUGGACAUGCGAGAAGAGACGCAGAAGGAGACCCGCGAACUCCUCCGAAAUCUGAAAGAGGAGGAGCUCGCCAAACUCUUCCUCGUCAGACUCGAUUUCGGAACGGCAGGGCUUCGAGGACGCAUGGGGGCAGGCUUCAGCAGGAUGAACGACGUGACCAUCCAGCAAACGUCUCAGGGUUACUGCGCAUUUCUCGUAGACCGUUUCGGAGUAGAUGGCAAUGACCGCGGAGUGGUGGUGGGCUUCGACGCCAGGCAUAACUCCAGAAGGUUCGCCAAGUUGACGGCCGCAGUUUUUUUGAGCAAGGGCGUCCGGGUGCGGCUUUUUCAGGACUUUGUCCACACGCCUAUCGUGCCAUACACGCUUGUGAAGUCGUACGCUAUGGCCGGAAUCAUGGUCACAGCCUCCCAUAAUCCAAAGACGGACAACGGCUACAAAGUUUUUGCCGAGAAUGGCGCUCAGAUCAUUCCGCCGAUGGACAGCGACAUUUCUGCCUUCAUCACUAACAACCUGGCGUUCUGGCCAGAAAUAGAGGAGUACUUCGACAGGGCCACUGGGGAGUUGACAGAGAAGGCGACGCGGAGCCCGCUCUUGGAGACACCGUUUGACGACAUCAUCGACGCAUACGUCAGGGACGUUGCAGCGGACUUGCGCAUCUCGCAACCACCCGACGCAGGCAACGGACCGAAGUUCGCGUACACCGCCAUGCACGGCGUAGGGACGCCAAUGGUGAAGCGCAUGUUCUCUGCAUUCGGCUUCGAGGACAAAAUCAUUACAGUGGACGCGCAGUGCUGCCCGGACCCUGAGUUUCCGACAGUCGCCUUUCCGAAUCCCGAGGAGAAGGGUGCGCUCGAUCUCGCCUUCAAAGAGGCUGAUGCGCAUGGAGUUCAGUUGGUGAUUGCCAACGAUCCGGAUGCCGACCGCUUUGCAGCAGCAGAAAAAUACGAUGGCCGCUGGUACCAGUUCACGGGAGACGAGCUGGGCGCGAUCUUUGGAGCGUACGCGGUAGCUCUGAGAGCGGCGCAGGGACUCGAAAAGUCUAGAAUGGCACUCAUCUGCUCAGCUGUCUCGUCGCGGAUGCUUCACGCGAUUGCCAAGUACAACAACUGCGUCUUCGCGGAGACCAUGACAGGGUUUAAGUGGAUGGAGAACAAGGCAAUCGACCUCGAAGCGCAGGGCUUCACGCCGGUACUUGUCUACGAGGAAGCUUUGGGCUAUGCGCUUAGCCAGCGAGUACGGGACAAGGACGGCGUCAGCGCGGCAGCAGUCUGGGUGCAGAUGGCGACAGAGCUGUACGCGAAGGGCCAGACAAUCACUGACUAUCUGAUAGGUCUGCGGACGCAGUACGGCUAUUUCGUCACGAAGAACUCGUAUUUUGUUUGCCCAGAUCCACCGGUGAUCAAAGGCCUGUUCCAGGACUUCGCGCACGGAUGUAAUUAUCCAUCCCACCUGGGCCCAUUUGUCAUCAAGAGAAUUCGAGACGUCGGCCGCAACUACGAUAGCGACGAGCCGGACAAGAAAUGCGUCUUCCCCCCGAACUGCGAGAUGCUCACUCUGUAUCUGGAUAACGGAGCCGUUGUGACACUCCGCGGCAGCGGGACUGAACCGAAGCUAAAAUACUACGCAGAAAUCAGCUCCUCGAGCCCCGAGCAGGGCCUCGAAGAACUGGAUAAGGUCAUCAAAGCUGUGGUAUUUGAUUUUGUGAAACCUGACCUUCACCCCGCUGUACAGGUUUCCUUGCCCUAA